GAAGGAAGGAAGGAAGCCAUUUGCUGAGAAGUAAAAAAGACAGGUAGAAGAUCAAAAACUGGAGAGAGAAUGGUGCAAUCUUCACCCCCAAGGGCUAAUCCUUAUCCCUGAGGAUUUUAAAAUCCCCUUUUUAGGAGGCUGUGGGGACAUUGGGGCUGUGAAGAUGCCGGCAUCUUCAGUGUGGAGCAGCUGAGGAGCCGAACUGCAGCACACCCACCGUAGUGUAUAUUCUAGCAGAAGAAGGCUUGGACAUGCUACUGUGAUCCUCCCGGAUAAUCCUGGAAAUUGCUUCUCCAAAGCCCUCCCCACCCCCCUUCUGUCUUGCUCUUCUUUACUUCUCCCAUCUGCAAUGUGAUCAGAGGAGGAGGAGGAGGAGAAAGAGAAGGAAAAAAGAAAGACAGACAGGCAGAACAAGCAGACCUUCUCCUCUCUGGAACAGAAGAGUUUCUGCCCCAGGAUGCUCACGUCCAAACCUCUGGAGGAUGAAUAUUGGAUUGAAGGAUCCCGGAGAGAAUCGGCCUUGCAGGAUUUCUAUCUCAUGGGACCAGAACUGGGCAGGGGGGCCACAUCUGUGGUUUACAGCUGUGAAGAGAAAGGAUCUCAGGUCCAGUAUGCCGCCAAAAUAUUGAAGAAAACGAUUGACAAGAAGAUUGUCAGAACUGAAAUUGGAGUUUUACUGAGGCUCUCACAUCCAAAUAUUAUCAAACUCAAAGACAUCUUCGAAACCCCCACAGAGAUCACACUUAUCCUUGAGCUGGUGACAGGUGGUGAGCUGUUUGACAGGAUCGUGGAGAGGGGAUUCUACAGUGAAAGGGAUGCGGCCCACGUGGUGAAACAGAUCCUGGAAGCUGUCUCCUAUCUGCAUUCAAACGGAGUAGUCCACCGUGACCUCAAACCGGAGAAUCUUCUCUAUGCAGAUCUCUCCCCCGAUGCGCCUCUCAAAAUUGGUGAUUUCGGUUUAUCCAAAAUUGUGGAUGAGCAAGUCACAAUGAAAACCGUAUGUGGCACCCCAGGAUACUGUGCACCCGAAAUUCUCCAUGGCUCACCAUAUGGCCCUGAAGUGGAUAUGUGGUCUGUAGGCGUCAUAACAUACAUCUUGCUGUGUGGCUUUGAGCCCUUCUUCGACCCAAGAGGAGAUCAGUACAUGUACAGCCGAAUCCUAAAUUGUGACUACGAGUUUGUCUCUCCUUGGUGGGAUGAAGUGUCUCUCAAUGCCAAGAACCUGGUCCAAAAGCUGAUUGUCCUUGAUCCCCAGAAGAGGUUAACAGUUCAUCAAGCCUUGGAGCACCCUUGGGUGACUGGGAAAGCUGCUAAGUUUGCCCACAUGGACAGCACGCAGAAGAAAUUACAGGAGUUUAAUGCAAGGCGGAAGCUCAAGGCUGCUGUGAAGGCAGUGGUUGCAUCCAGCCGUCUCGGAAACCACAGCCACCAUGAGGGAUGCAGAAAUGAGCGCCAUCCAGAUGCUACCAAGGAGGACAGUGCAACUCCCGCCGCAGAGAGCGACCUCUUUCUCCAAGAUAACGUUUACAAGGAGAAGAAGCCAGAGGUCAGCGGGGAAGAAGCCAUGAUCGUAGCCCCUUUAGCCAAGGUGGAGCAGCUCGACUGUUUCCAGAACGAGAGUCCCGUUGCCCCGGUGGUGAUACUUAAUGGUUCUGGCUGCACAACUUAACCCUCCAGAACACCAGCGUGUCGCUCUUGUCCACAAUUCAAGGGAUAAAGUCUAUCAUCGCCGCUGAUAGAACAAAUUAUAAUAAUGACCAUCAAAGGCCACCAGCCAGACUGAGAGAGCAAUUCAGAUGAAGGAGCACCAAAAGCCAGCUGAAAUUAUGAGAAAGUACUGCGGGGACCCCUUCUGCAAUCUGGCACCCUCUUGUUGUACAGGAUUCCUGCUCCUGUCAUCUCCAGCCAGGGAUGCUGGGAGCUGUAAUCCAAACUUUUUGGAGAGCACCAGAUUGGGGAAGGCGCUAGUGGCAGGCAGCUAUCUGCUGAAGAGCCGUUUGCCUUGCUCUACAGAGAAAUCCCUGUU